UGAUGUUUAAGGAGCCUUAAAUCACGGGGUGACGAGACUUGGCAGCAGAAAUGGCAUCUCUAAUGCAUGCGGCAUAUCCAGAGGAAACAUGGAAAGAAGUGGCAAAACGUACUCUUUGCCGAGAAUCUCAAGUCUCCACAUUAUUAUCGAUAUUUGGAGAGAGGCAGCACUUAAGCUUUCCUUCCAUAUUUAUUUAUGGUCACACUGGCACUGGGAAGACUUACAUCUUGCAGACUGUGCUGAGGACACUUGAGCUACCUUGUGCUUUUAUAAACUGUGUGGAGUGUUUUACACCAAGAUUGCUGUUUGAGCAAAUACUGAACCAUCUACACGACCACCAGCCUGCUCCAGAAAAUGAAUUUUCUUCUAAGGACAGAUGCGACACUUUUAACGACUUUGUUCGGUUGUACAACAGGGGAACGUCAGAACUUGGCUUAGAAGAAACCUUCUAUAUUGUUCUUGACAAGGCAGAGCUGCUGCGGGAAAUGGAAGCAAACCUUUUGCCAGGCUUUCUCAGACUUCAAGAACUAACUGAGAGCAACGUGACUGUUAUAUUCCUGACUGAAAUUGUUUGGGAAACCUUCCGUCCUAACACCGGCUGCUUUGAGCCAUUAACGCUGUAUUUUCCAGAUUACAGUAAAGUGGAACUUCAGAGAAUUCUAUCCAGUGAAUAUCCUCAGGAAUACUCGGCAGAGUUCUAUGCUUCUUAUAUUAAUAUUCUUCUUGGUGUUUUUUAUGCUGUGUGCAGGGAUAUAAAGGAGCUUAGGCACUUGGCUGCACUGAAUUUCCCGAAAUUUUGUGAACCAGUGAUAAAAGGAGAAGCGAAGGAAACUGAUUCACAUAAACUGUGGAAAAAUAUUGAGCCACAUUUGAAGAGAGCCAUGCAGACUGUCUAUCUCCGGGAGAUAUCAAGUUCACAGUGGGAGAGAAUCCAGCAAGAGGAUAGAGAAACAUCACAGCUCAAAGGGUUAUCUGCACAUGCGCAUGUAGAGUUACCUUAUUACUCCAAAUUCCUCCUCAUUGCUGCAUAUUUAGCAUCCUACAACCCUGCAAGAACAGACAAAAGGUUUUUCUUAAAGCACCAUGGUAAAAUUAAGAAAACCGAUUUUCUGAAAAAGCAUGAAAAGACAAGCAAUCACCUUCUGGGACCCAAGCCGUUUCCUCUGGACAGACUCCUGGCCAUAUUGUACAGUGUUGUGGAUAGCAGAGUAGCCCCCACUGCAAAUAUCUUCUCUCAGAUUUCAUCGCUUGUAACUCUCCAACUGUUAACGCUGGUGGGCCACGAUGAUCAGCUGGACGGACCCAAGUACAAGUGUACAGUAUCAUUAGAUUUCAUAAGAGCCGUGGCAAGAACUGUGAAUUUUGAUAUUGUUCGGUACUUGUAUGAUUUUUUAUAAACCGACAGAAAUGCAGCAGAAGAACUUUCCGGGACCCACAUGUAAGAGGCAUUUGGGAGUGUACCCUUGCAUCCCUGCUAUGCCCGCCACCAUUUCAUUAACCAGCUGUUUCACAAUCCAUUUUUUUCUUGUUAUACAAUAUAUUUAUAUAAAAAAGUUAAUGAAAAAA